AGUUCGGAGUAAUAAUUCAAAAAAGAAAAUUUGUAAUAAAAAAUUUAAACUAAAAUUGAUUUUAAAUAUAGUGUGCAAAAACAUUCACUUUAUUAGAUUUUCCGUUUAUUGAAUUUUUUUUCUUAUAAUCAAGUAAACUUUUUUUCGUAUAUACACAAGAAAAAAUGUUUAAAUCUUAUCAGAUUUUAUUAAUUUUCAUUCUAUCGCUAAUUAUCGAAUGCAAUUCCUAUAAAAUUCUUGUCGUUUAUCCCUUCAAUUCACCGAGUCACAAUAUUUUUUUGGAGAGUAUUUCAAUUGGAUUGGCAAAACGUGGUAAUCAGAUUGAUGCAAUUUCACACUAUAAACCAAAAAAUCCACCUGAUAAUUACAAAACAAUUGUCGAUUUAAAUGGUACAAGGACGAGUGUACUUAAUAAUAUGACAAUUGAUUUUGCCACUCAAAUAGGAACAAAUACCGUUACAUUUAUUGCCACUACAUUUGGAAAUGAACUCUGUGAACUUAUGGGCCUCGACAAAAUGCAAGAGCUGAUAAAAAAUUCUCCAAAACAUCAUCCGUAUGAUUUAAUCAUAACUGAGGCAUUCGGAUCAAAUUGUUACAUUGGUCUUGGCUACAUUUUUAAAGUACCAGUAAUAACGAUUUCAUCAUGUUUAGAAUAUUCUUGGAUUCCAUCAGCAAUUGGUAAUCCCGAUUCAACGGCAUUUGCACCAGAUGUUUUAAUGGAUUCAGCUGAAAUCAAAUCAUUUUGGGAACGAUUGAAAAAUACCUUCGUCACGCAAUUCAGCAGAUAUCAAUUUUACAUGUACACAGAAAGUUAUCAAACAAAUGCAAUGAGAAAAUAUUUGAGUCCCGAUAUUCCCGAUAUUAGACAAGUUGAGAGAAGUGUUGCCCUGACGUUUGUUAAUUCUUUCUAUACGUUGUUUGGCAUUAGAACUAGAACACCGGCGAUUGUUGACAUUGCCGGUGUUCACAUUGAGGAAAACGACGAAAAAUUAUCACCAGAUCUUCAAAAAUGGAUGGACGACAGUAGAAGUGGUGUAAUUUAUUUCUCAAUGGGUUCAAUGGUAAUGAUUGAAACCCUACCGAAGGAGACGCUUUUGGCAUUUUAUGAAUCAUUUGAGAAACUAUCGCCAAUGAGGGUCCUCAUGAAAAUUGCGAAUCCUGACAAAUUACCACCGGGUCUGCCGAAAAAUGUUCUGACAAGAAAGUGGAUUCCCCAAAUUCCAGUUUUGGGACACAAUAAUACAAAAUUAUUUAUGACACAUGGAGGUUUGAUAGGCACUCAAGAAGCUCUCUAUCAUGCAGUACCGAUGAUUGGUAUGCCAAUAUAUGCAGAUCAAUUUUUCAACGUUCGUAUAUUCGUUCAGAAGAACAUGGCAAUUCGGAUUGAUUAUCAAAAAAUUACCACUCAAUCAUUGGAUAGCGCAUUGUAUCUUGUGCUCAACAAUCCGCUCUAUAGGGAAUCUGCUAGAUAUCAAUCGCGAUUGUUUCGGGACAGACCGAUGAGUGCAGGUGAUACUGUCGACUUUUGGGUUCGAUACGUCAUUAGAAAUGGAGGAAAUGCUUUAAAAUCACCAGCUGUUAAUUUAUACUGGUGGCAAUUGCAACUGCUCGAUGUUUACAUUUUCAUUUUAAUCUGUUUAAUAUUGACAAUUUAUUUCAUUCUCAUCGUUAUCAAACGUACUCUACGAAUUUUGUGCAGAAGAUCAAAAAAAUCGUCAAAUCAUCAAAAAAUGGAUAAUUUCGGGCAAAAUCAUUUUUUAUUUAAACUAUCAUUGGUGUUGAUGGUAAAAAAUUGUUUUUCCGAUGGUUAUAGAAUUUUGGCAAUUUUUCCCUAUAAUUCGCGUAGUCAUAAUAAUGUUUUUGAAGGUGUGACUAGAGGUUUAGCAAAACGUGGCCAUCAAGUUGAUGCUGUUACCCAUUUUCAAAUGUUAAAUCCACCGAAAAAUUAUCGAACAAUUAUUAAUUUAUCCGGUACAAGAAGUGAAGUUGUUAAUAAUUUUACCGUUGAAUUUGUCGUUGAAUUACAAAAUUUAAUUCCUGUAAUAUCAAAAAUGUUUGGCAAUGAUAUUUGUGAAUUACUGAAUAACGAAAAUUUACAGAAAUUAAUAAAAUCACCACCAAACGAUCCACCUUACGAUAUUCUCAUUACUCAGUCAUUUGCAUCAAACUGUUUCAUAGGAAUUGGUUAUAUAUUGAAAAUUCCAGUAAUAACUGUGUCAGCAUCAUUGGAAUUUCCAUGGGCAAGUGCGGCAAUUGGAAAUCCGGAUUCUAUUGCAUUUGCUCCAAAUGUUUUGAUGAAUACGGUGGAAAUUUUGACAUUUUGGAAGCGACUGAAAAACUUGUUAAUCAGCUAUCGAAGUUUAUAUGAAUUUCACGCAAUCACUGAUAAUAUACAAACAGAAAUGAUGAGGAAACAUUUGCGAGCCGAUAUGCCCCAUAGCUGUGAAAUAAUAAAAACUACCUCACUCACUUUUAUUAAUUCCUAUCACAGUUUAACGGGAAUUCGAUUAAGAAGUCCAGCUUUAAUUGACAUUGCGCCAAUUCAUUUGGAAGAUGCUCCCUUAACAAUAUCCAAAGAACUGGAGGUCUGGUUGAAUGAGAGUAAACACGGUGUAGUUUACUUCUCCCUGGGUUCUUUGGUGGUAAUUGAGACUCUUCCCAAAGAAACGCUUCUUGCGAUUUUCUCGUCUUUCAAAAAAAUUUCCCCUGUUAGAGUUGUGAUGAAAAUCGUCAACAAAGAAAAACUUCCUAACGGUCUACCCAGCAACGUACUUAGUUCCAAAUGGAUUCCUCAACUUCAAGUUUUGAGGCACAAAAAUACAAAAUUAUUCAUCACACACGGUGGAUUAAUGUCAACAAUAGAGGCAUUGUAUUUUUGUGUUCCAGUAAUUGGUCUUCCAUUAUUUUACGAUCAAUUUUUUAAUGUUGAUGUAAUGGUGAAAAAACAUAUGGCAAUUGAAUUAGAUAUAAACAAAAUAAAUGAACAUUCACUGGACAAUGCUUUAAAUGAAAUUUUAAAUAAUUCCACUUACAGGGAAUCGGCAAAAUUGGAAUCAAGAUUAUUUCACGAUAGACCGAUGAAUGCAACGGAAACUGUGAAUUUCUGGGUGGAAUACGUGAUUAGAAAUGGUGUGACGAGAGGUUUAGCAAAACGUGGACAUCAAGUGGACGCUGUCACUCAUUUUGAAAUGAAAAAUUCACCGAAAAAUUAUCAAACAAUUAUUAAUUUAUCCGGUACAAGAAGAAAUGUUGUGAAUAAUUUUACAAUUGAUUUCGCCACACAACUUGGCGACGACCUCGUGCCAUUAAUUUCUGUUUUUUAUGGAAAUGAACUUUGCGAAUUACUCGCGCACAAAGAUAUUCAGAGACUUGUUAAAAAUCCACCAAAUGAUCCGCCUUAUGAUAUUUUAAUCACUGAGGCAUUCACAGCAAAUUGCUUUAUAGGAAUUGGACACAUAUUGAAAGUACCAGUAAUAACUGUUUCUUCAUUAUUGGAAUUUUCGUGGACAAGCGAUCAUGUUGGGAAUCCCGAUUCAAUAGCAUUUGCACCAAAUGUUAUGAUGGACGCGGCUAAGGUGACAACAUUUUGGGAACGAUUGGAAAAUACAAUUAUAACAUAUCGCAGUAAAUUUCGAUUUUUCUCAAUAACCGAGGAGGCGCAAACAAAAUUAAUGAGAAAAUAUUUAAGUUCAGAUAUACCAAAUAUACGUGAAGUGGAAAAAAGUACGGCUUUAACAUUCAUUAAUUCUUUUCACACAUUAUUUGGUAUUCGAAUUAGAAGUCCUGCCUUAAUUGAUAUCGCGGGAAUACACGUGGAAGACAGUGACGUCACAGUAUCCCAGAGUCUCGAGAAGUGGUUGGACGAAAGCGCUCACGGAGUGGUUUAUUUUACACUCGGGUCAAUGGUUUUGAUUGAGACUCUCCCGAAAGAAACGCUUCUUGAGAUAUAUUCAGCUUUUGAGAAAAUAGCACCUGUCAGGGUUCUCAUGAAAAUUGCGAAUAAGGAUAAAUUACCCCCAGGACUCCCCAGCAAUGUACUGAUUUCCGACUGGAUACCACAACUUCAAGUUAUGCGACAUAAUAAUACACGAUUAUUCAUAACACAUGGUGGAUUAAUUUCAACACUCGAGGCAUUAUAUAAUGGCGUUCCUUUAAUAGGUUUGCCUUUAUACGCCGAUCAAUUUUCCAAUAUUCGUAUUUUCGUCAACAAAAAUAUGGCAAUCAGAUUGAACUAUAAAAAGUUGACAAAGGAAUCAUUGGAUGAAGCUCUCGAUGCGGUUCUAAAUAAUCCCAAGUAUCGAGAAGCGGCAAAAUAUGAGUCGAAAUUAUUUCGCGAUAGGCCGAUGACAGCGACUGAAACUGUCAACUUCUGGGUUGAAUACGUCAUCAGGAAUGGAGCAGAUUCUUUGAGAUCACCAGCAGUCAAUCUCAAUUGGUGGCAAUUGGCGUUACUUGAUGUCUAUGGAUUUUUAUUAUUCUGCAGUGUCGCCGCAAUUUAUUUCCUAUUGCUUAUCAUUAGACGAAUAUUUUUCGUUUUUAACAAACAGACAACAGUGAAUCAGAAGAAGAAGAAGAAUUAAUUUCCCCCCCAAAAAAAAAUUGUAUCAAUUUUUUAGACGUAAAAAUGCCUCGUUAGCUUUGUAAUAAUAUUUUAGUGCCUUUAAAAAAUAAAGUUAAUAUUUAUAAUAAUUCCCGAUAAGAUAAAAUUAACAAUUAAACGAAGCAUGAUAGACAAUUUUCUACUUUGUCAAAAGAAGCACUUUUCUAUAUAAAAAAAUUGUUAUCAGACAAUUAAAUACUUUAUUUAACAGAUAAUUGCAUAUUACACACGCUACUGAUGAUUCGGAUAAAAAGAGCAUAUCAUUCGGAGAAC